ACAUCCCGGUGACGUUUCCGGGACUCACCACCAGUCGGACACGCCUUUCCUCCCCGCCGCCUGGAAGGAGCCCGAACCGGAGGACACUCGCAGCCUCGCGCUCGCUCUUCCCGUUGUUUACCGGCUUCUUCGGCGGUUCCUCCCGACCAUGCCCGAGCCCGCCAAGUCCGCGCCCGCCCCGAAGAAGGGCUCCAAGAAGGCGGUGACCAAGGCGCAGAAGAAAGACGGCAAGAAGCGCAAGCGCAGCCGCAAGGAGAGCUACUCGGUGUACGUGUACAAGGUGCUCAAGCAGGUGCACCCCGACACCGGCAUCUCGUCCAAGGCCAUGGGCAUCAUGAACUCGUUCGUCAACGACAUCUUCGAGCGCAUCGCGGGCGAGGCGUCGCGCCUGGCGCAUUACAACAAGCGCUCGACCAUCACGUCGCGCGAGAUCCAGACGGCCGUGCGCCUGCUGCUGCCCGGCGAGCUGGCCAAGCACGCCGUGUCCGAGGGCACCAAGGCCGUCACCAAGUACACCAGCUCCAAGUAGACGCGCGAGCCCCCGGCCUCACUCCUGAACCCAAAGGCUCUUUUCAGAGCCACCCACGUUCGCAGAGAAGGGGCUGGUGCGAAGUCGGGCAACAACCUUUGGAGAACCUGUGGGUCACUAACGACAGAAAUACCCGCUUGGCUCUCCAGGGUCUGGGAGUCCGCAUGAUUUGGGAAUUUCCUGCAUUUAAUAGGGCUCCCCACCAUGUAUCAGAGUUAAGGAGCGACGGAGAGGAAAACGUUAAGCUCUAAGCAAAUUUAAGCACGGCCGGCCCGGGCCAGGGAUUAAGCCGGACUCCCGCCUGGGCCGAGGCUGCGCCGGGGUUUGAAUUCGCCCGGGAGCGCGCGCCCUCGAAUCGGUCUGGCCAUUCAGCUGCCCGGAGGGACCUUGCCCCGCACCCCC